AUGUUCUGCCACACAGCAAUGGUCAGCAGUCAGCCUCUCCCCAUAGCAGACAGUGGGAAAAGGAAAAAGAAAAAAAGAACCAGAGCUACAGAUCACGUCCCUGGGAAGUUUGAAGACUUGUACAAGCUGACUGCUGAGCUGCUUGGUGAGGGAGCAUAUGCCAAAGUUCAGGGUGCUGUCAGCCUCCAAACAGGGAAAGAAUAUGCAGUGAAAAUCAUUGAAAAAGAUGCUGGGCAUAGUCGGAGUCGGGUCUUCCGUGAAAUAGAAACGCUGUACCAGUGCCAGGGGAACAAGAACAUUUUGGAGUUAAUAGAAUUUUUUGAAGAUGACACAAGAUACUACCUUGUCUUCGAGAAGCUGCGAGGAGGUUCAAUUCUGGCCCAUAUACAAAAGCGGAAGCAUUUCAAUGAACGAGAAGCUAGCAAGGUGGUGAGAGAUAUUGCUUCUGCUCUGGAUUUUCUUCAUACAAAAGGUAUUGCUCACAGGGACCUGAAGCCUGAAAACAUCCUGUGUGAAUCUCCAGAAAAGGUAUCCCCAGUAAAAAUAUGUGACUUUGAUCUUGGUAGUGGGGUGAAGCUGAACAGUGCAUGUACUCCAAUAACUACUCCUGAAUUGACAACACCGUGUGGGUCUGCAGAAUACAUGGCACCCGAAGUGGUUGAAGUCUUCAUGGAGGAGGCCACGUUCUAUGAUAAGCGAUGUGAUCUUUGGAGCCUGGGAGUGAUUCUGUACAUCAUGCUCAGUGGUUACCCCCCUUUUGUGGGCAACUGUGGCACGGACUGUGGCUGGGACAGAGGAGAAGUCUGUAGAGUUUGUCAGAACAAGCUUUUUGAGAGUAUUCAGGAGGGCAAGUAUGAAUUUCCUGACAAGGACUGGUCGCAUAUAUCCUCUGAGGCCAAAGAUCUCAUCUCAAAGUUGCUGGUUCGUGAUGCCAAAGAACGACUUAGUGCUGCUCAAGUUUUGCAACAUUCAUGGGUUCAAGGA